UUGCAUCGCAGUUUAGUUAGUAGGUGACGCGAUAUUAAAUGACUGCAACUUUUCAUUGGCACUGAUAUUUAGAACUGAUUUUAAUAAAUAUGUGGAUAGAAUUCAUUUUACUCUUAUUCCUAAUAAUUAAUCUCCUCCAUCGAUGGGCGACGGCAAAUAAUGAUUUCUUUUUGAAACGUGGAAUACCACAUAAAAAACCAAAAAUACUAUUCGGGAAUAUGUGGAAUUUAGUGCUAAAACGUAAAAGCUUAGUUGAUAUAAUUGUUGACUUAUACAACGAACACGAUGGGCCAGUUUACGGAAUCUUUGAUUCUCGACAACCGGUGUUAAUAAUACGAGAUCCGGAUAUAAUUAAACAAAUAACUGUCAAAAAUUUCGAACACUUCAUUAAUCAUCGUAGCAUCUUUGGAGAUGAAAAUGAUAAAAAUAAUUUAUUUGGAUCAUCAUUAAUUAUGAUGAAAGAUAGGCGUUGGAAGGAUAUGCGCAGCACAUUGAGUCCAGCUUUUACGGGCAGUAAAAUGCGUCAAAUGUUUCGUUUAAUGAGCGAAGUCGCUGUUGGCGCUGUAGCUUAUUUGAAGUGUCAAGUAAUGGAAGAUCCCAGUCACACUCUGGAAGUAGAUGUUAAAAAUUUCGUUACACGUUACAGCAACGAUGUAAUUGCUUCGACCGCUUUCGGCUUGGAAAUAAAUUCCUUUGUUAAUAAUACGAAUGAAUUCUACCUGAUUGGGAAAAAAGUGACAACAUUUACAUUUCUUCAGAAUCUAAGAUUUUUGCUUUAUACAUAUCUCAAGGAAUUAAUGAAGAUCCUAAACGUAGGAUUGUUUGACAAAAAGUCAACCGAAUACUUUAUGCGCUUGGUAAUCGACGCCAUGAAGUAUCGUAAAGAAAAUAAUAUAACGAGGCCUGAUAUGAUCAAUAUGCUGAUGGAGGCAAGAGGCAUGAUAAGCAGUGACAAUCCAAAAUCACAUCGCGAAUGGAGCGACGUCGAUAUUGUAGCUCAAUGUUUUCUAUUCUUUUUUGCGGGUUUUGACGGUAGCGCAUCUUUAACGUGUUGUAUGGCUCAUGAGAUUAUGGAAAAUGCCGAAGUUCAAGAAAAACUUUUACAAGAAAUUCGGGAAAUCGACAGCAACUUGAAUGGCGAGCCUGUAACCUACGAGAUAAUACAGAGUAUGCGAUACAUGGACAACGUUAUUUCGGAGACAUUACGCAAAUGGACCCCUGCUGCAUUAAUGGACCGUGUCUGCAACGAGGAUAUAACCUACGAACUAAAAGACGGUAAGAAAUUAGAAAUUAAAAAAGGUGACGUCAUUUGGAUACCAACCGCUGGCUUGCACAGAGACUCCGCUUAUUACGAAAACCCUGAGAAAUUUGAUCCGGAGCGUUUUAGUGAAGCGAAUAGUAAUAACAUAAAUCCAUUUACGUAUUUGCCAUUUGGAAUCGGCCCUAGAAAUUGUAUCGCUUCGAGGUUUGCUUUGUUGGAAACUAAGGUAUUAAUAUACUACUUGUUGCGUGAUUUUCAAUUCGCUGCGGCUAAAAUGAGCUGUGUGCCCCUUAAAUUAAAUCAAAGUGGACUUCAGUUGCUUCCAAAAAAUGGUUUUUGGCUUAAAUUUGUUGCUAGAAAUUAAUUAAUAUUUCAUACCAUUUUUUUUUUUUUUUUAAUAAAGUUGGUUCCUCAGCUGAUAUGUAAAUUUGUUAUAUAUAUCUAGAAGAAUUUUAAAGACAAGAAUAAUCAUUAUAUGCACUUUACUAAAUUCGAUGUUGAUGAAGACGAGUAAGCAAAUGAUUGAAAUAAAUCGAAUUGAAUUGAUUGUUUGUUUGUGUGCGAUUUA